AUUCCAUCCCAGGAUCGACAGCACACGAGAACGAGCAAUGGAGCGGAAGGGGGUAGACUGCAAGCGCGUCGCGGAAGACAAGUACGGCUACGUGCACAAGAAAGUGCCUGGUUACAAGGACGUGGACGACAGCGACGCCGAGUCCAAGUCUGUUGCGUCGUCGGGCCACGACGAAGAGGAACUCGACGAAGCGGACUUUGCCCAAGAAAAGCAGCUUGACCUCGACGUCGAGUCCGAAUGGGACGAGAUUAGGAAACGGCCAAGCAUCGCGCGCAUCCAAAAAGCCAUCGAUCCACGCGGCAAGAAGAUUGCGGAAGGGCUCAAGAUAAAUUACAUGAACAUGCGCUGCGGCGACACAGGACGACUGCUGUGGCAGUCAGAGAAAUGGGGCAAGGACAUGUUCGAGCGCGAGCAGAAAGCUGUCGUUCCGAAAGCAAUCCUGCAAUGUAGCUCUGUGUCGCGCGAGAUUAACUUCAGUUCGACAGAAGAAAUCAAGGCAUUUCGCUUGGAGCAGCGCGUGUUCUUUAAUGGCCAGUGUUUGGAGGAAUGGCUGUUCUCGUUCGGGUUUGUUAUCCCGCAUUCGACCAAUACAUGGCAACAAUCGAUUGACGCCGCCGGCCCCGACGCGAUGCUGUCGGCCGACGUGAUCAGCGGCAACCUGACCAUUGAGACGGCGUUCUACGACGCCAGCGUCCUCAUCGCCAAGACAGUGUAUCGCAUCUAUUACGAUUAAAUAACUUAGAUCAUGUCGACGUUCUCGUUGCCGUCGCAGUGACGACGACCAUGUCUGUUUGGAGCGCUCCAGCGAUCGACGUACUCGCGGACGUCGUGGACGAAAGCGGCCAGAGUUUGUUCAUGGCGGCGCUCAGCAUCCUGGACGACGCCUUCCAGCGUCGCUACUUGCUCCAUGAGUCUUCGCUCCUUGUCUUUCGCGACACCAAUAGCUUCGCUGCACGCCUGUUUUUCCUGCGCCAGCAGGGCUUGCAGUUUCUCGAUGCGGUGGGCAUGCAUCUUGUUGGUGUUUUCGAAUUCCGAUUCGAGUGCUGCCAGCUUGUCUUGCGACUGUGCGUAGUUUCGAGUGUGGCGGAGGCACUCGACUUCGAUCGCUGCCAAGCGGUCGUCCUUAGCGACGACGGACGCCUUGAGCUCGUCGUACUGUCGCUCGCGGGUCACCAGCUCCUCGUCAAACACUUUACGCUGACGGGUUUUUUCCUCGCGCAACAACUCGCCGUGCAUGCGAUGCUUCUCGACGUCUUUCUCGAGCGCCGCCCGUUGCCGCCGCAACUCGUCCAUACUUCCUUCCACCUCCGCCAUGUGUCGUUCUAGCCGCUCGUGGCACUCCGCCUCCAUUCGUUUGCUGACGUCACCGAGGGCAGCCUCAUGAGCUACCUUCAUUUGGAGCACCUGGUAUUGCAACGACUCGACGAGGUUCUUUUGACUGUGGAGCUCGGACACGACCGCGUCAGCGUGCGCAUUGGCAUGGCGCAGUUGCUGUUCGAGCCCUUCAAUGGCCACUUCAGCGCUAUUGCAUCCAUCCACGACAUGCUUAGGUGGUCAACAACGCCAUGA